AUGUUAAUUUCUUUGUUUAGUAAUAUGGAACAAAUUAGUUUUCAUUUUGAUACAAUGCCACAUUUACAUGCAUUUUUAAAGAAUGUGCCAAUGACAUUAUCAACUUUGGUUAUUGAAGAUUUCAUUGAUCGUCUACCUAAUGACAUUAGUAAUUCUGAAACUGAUGAAUGGCUCGAAGAUUUUGCACGUAUUCAUCAAAUUUGUUGUGAAUUUGAUGAAAAUAAGACUGCAGUUGUAUAG